UCCCCUCAAGAAAAGCAUGAUGCUAAAGAACAUUCCCCACGAAGACUUAGAUUUAAUUCAAAGAAAGGAAUGGGGCAAUUCAAGUAGCUGAGAAGAUAUAUAUUCAUAGGUUUCCUCAGUUUCUUCUAUUUGUGGGUCAUUUAGAUGGCUAAGCAUGAUGAUGUUGUGAUCGAUAUUAAGGCAAUGGUGGAGGAGGCAGUGGCACCCGAAGCUGACCAGUGUUGCAUCUAUAGAGUUCCCUUUGAUAUUCGCAAACUCAACAAUGAGGCAUACACCCCAAGGGUUGUUUCUAUAGGCCCUUUUCACCACAACCGCCAUGACCACCUCCGAGACAUGGAAAGACACAAACUCAUCUUUUGCAAGGCUUUUCUUCAACGAACCAAAACAACCUUGGCCACCUGGAUCCCCCACAUACAAGAGUUGGAGCCCCACUUUCGUCAGUGUUAUUCCCACGCCCUUGCGUUCUCUAAGGAGGAACUCGUCAAAAUCAUCUUUGUUGAUUCCGGUUUUAUAUUUGAGCUCUUUCUCAUAUAUUAUCAUCAUGAAUGGUCACAUAAUAAUAACUUUGUUUUAAAACCUUGGAUGCGCACUAAAAUAGAAAUAGAUUUGUUGUUACUUGAGAAUCAACUUCCUUUUUUUGUUCUGGACCGUCUCUUCAAUCUCUCCUUCACCUCUGUUAGAGAGUCGGACCCUAACGAUAACAUUCCUUCAUUUCUUCGACUUACAUUUCACUUUUUUAACCGUUUCAAUAUAUCCGAGUUGAAUUUUGAUAAACAUGUUAGUAUAAUGCACUUCACGGAUCUUAUAAGAACUUUUCACUUACAACAUCAUUCUAAAAAAUUACCAGAUAAGAAUCCAGGUGAAGUGGUGACACAUCUUCCUAGUACUACUGAAUUGUCAGAAGCAGGAGUCAGGUUUAAUGUAAACAUCAAUAAAUUCUUUCCAGACUUUGAAUUUUCAAGAGGGGUUCUUACAAUUCCGCAGUUGAUAGUGCAAGAUAGUACUGAAAUUUUGUUUCGUAAUAUGGUGGUUUUAGAGCAGUGUCACUAUCCUCUCCAGUCCUACAUUGCAAACUAUGUUAUUGUCAUGGAUUUCCUUGUAAACAAGAGCAGUGAUGUGGAUAUACUGGUUCAAGAGAGAGUACUGCAUAACUUGCUAGGGGACAGCGAUUCUGUGGCUAAACUGUUUAAUGGUCUUGGCAAAAAUAUUGUGCUAUCAAAUAUGAGUUCCCAUUAUGGGCAUCUCGCCCAAAAAUUGAAUGCUUUUCAAGGAAAUCCUUGGAAUAAAUUGAAGUCCACUCUAAGACGUGAUUAUUGUAAAACUCCUUGGCAAUCUGCAGUUUCCAUUGCUGGAAUUCUUCUCCUUGUUCUCUCUUUGCUUCAAACAGUUUGUUCUGUCGUGCAAGUUAUACAACAAUAGAUUGAUGUCUCCCCUCUCUACAA